AGCACCAACACCUCUGUGCUGGGAGAUAAAGGGAAAUACAGUAUACUAUGUGCUGCGUUUCCACUGAGAGGCUCCACGAUCAUCAAUAGCAGAGAAUAAGAAACUAGAAAUCAGCUGAAAGGCUAUCAUUAAGGGAAUAGCCAUGCUUGGAGGCUUCCACACAGAUUUGUUGCUCAUAGUGACUUUACUUUUCCUCUCUCACACAGGGAUUCAGUGCAGAGCUGAACAUCAUUUUUCAUUGGUUCCUUUACCCGAGUGGAGGCCAAAUUCAGAAUAUGUUACACAGUGCUUCUACAGUCGACAGAACAAUCUGAUUUGUGACUGGACACGAAGCCAGCAGAGAAGAGGUGAUGUUGCAGUGACCGUAUUAGAGAGUGGUACACUGGGGCUGGAGGAAGAAGCCUGUCUAGAGUUUUGGUACCAGGUCCCAUUUGCAGCCAGUGGAUCUGAACUUCGAGUUCUCCUGAAAAGCAGCGCUGGUCUGGUAGAAAUCUGGACCUCUCCUGCACUAAUAACAAAUUCAUGGACACAAGUGUUUGUCCCCCUGAAGGUCACCAAACCAGAGACUCAGGUUGUGCUUGAAGCCAAGUUUACAGGGGAACAAAUCACAUUUAACCAGAUGGGUGUAAGAAGAGGCUUGUGUGGACCCCAGUGUGAAUCUAAUACAGAGUUAUGGACAGAUGAGUCCACCCUCUGCAUCUGUUCAGAGGGCCAACACUCCUGCUUCCCCUCUCAAUGCCCUGAGGGACAAAUCUGUGGUCCUCAAAGAAGAGGCUCCACUGGGAUGUCCACCACUGGGAUGUGCACUAUACACAGCCACACAGACUGCAGCACUUUUGAUGGCAUGCUAUUUCGCUUCAUGGCUCCCUGCACCUACACACUGGCCAAGACCUGCUCAUCCACUAAGGCCCUGCCGAUGUUUAGUGUGGAAGUAGUCAAUGAGCAGGAUGGGAACUCAUCUCUGCCAGCUAUCCAGCAGGUUAACGUGAACACAGAGAACUUCAGAGUUUCCUUCCUGAAAAGGCAGACACAACGGGUGGUGGUUAAUGGGUUGUCGAGGAAGCUUCCACUGAGCCUCAGCAAUGGCAGUGUCAACAUCCAGAGUAACCCCGCUGCUGUUGUACUGGUUACCAGUUUUGGGCUGUCUGUUUCAUACGACAAUGCUGGGGCUCUACAUGUUAUCCUACCAUCCUCAUAUUCUGGUGAGGUAUGCGGUUUGUGUGGCAACUUCAACCACUUUAAGGAAGAUGACCUCCGCAAGCCUGAUGGGACAACUGCCCAAAAUGCUACAGUUUUGGCUAAAAGCUGGCAGACUGGGCAAAUCACCUCCUCCUGUGAAACUAUUCUAGUGCCUCAUGAGUGUGACCCGCUGGAGAAGGCCGUGUAUGCUAGCGAGUUUUACUGUGGAGGCCUCAUCUCUAAUACUGGGCCCUUUGCUGACUGCCAGUCAGUUCUGGGGGCAGAGAGUUACUUCAGGGGCUGUGUGGUCAGUAUGUGUUCUACCCAUGGUGACCCAGCAGUGCUAUGUGAGACAUUACAGGUCUACAGUAAUAUCUGCAAGGAGGCGGGAGUUGCUGUGCCCAUAUGGAGGAAUUCCACAUUCUGCUCUCUUCAGUGUGCUGAGAACAGCCAUUAUAACGUGUGUGCUGAUGGCUGUCCUGAGGUGUGCUCCAGUUUGGAUUUAACUAGCUCUUGUGGAAACUGUGAGGAAAGAUGUGAGUGUGACAACGGCUUCAAACUGAGUGGUGGGAAGUGUGUCCCAGCCAAGGACUGUGGGUGCUGGUAUAAUGGUAAACACUAUGAGAAAGGUUCAACAUUUGUGGAAGGACAGUGUGAGCAGCAGUGCCACUGUGUGGGUAAUAAUGACCUCACGUGCACCUCAAUGCGAUGUGCAAACAAUGAGGUUUGUAAGGUCAGGGACGGGGUGAAAGACUGCUUCCCUUUCAUGCCCACCACCUGCAGUGUGUAUGGUGAUCCACACUACAUCACUUUUGACAAGACGGCUUACGACUUUCAAGGGGGUUGCAGUUACACACUGACUACAACAUGUGGAGUCGAAAGCCCAGUCCAGUUUAGUGUAAUUGGGCACAACAUGCAUCCUCCACUUCAAAACUUUACCCUGUCCAAGUUGGAAGCUGCAACUCUGCAUAUGGAAGACUUUGACUUCACCUUAAACCAAAAUGGAGAAGUCUAUGUGAAUGACCAUCCUGUAAAACUCCCUUAUUCCACCAGUGAAACAUACGGAUCAGUAUGGGUCUACAUGCAUCAUUCUUACAUUAUCUUGGAGACAUCCUUUGGCGUCAGAAUGAUGGUUGAUGGGCAGAAAAGACUCUUUCUCCAGGUGGAUGAAAGCUACAAGUAUGAACUGUGUGGACUGUGUGGCACCUUCUCUGGAUACCAGGACGAUGACUUUGUGACACCCGAAGGCCAACAUGUUACAGAGCCAUUUGAUUUUGGCGACAGCUGGAGGGUGCAGAACAAUUAUGAAUGUACAGCCUAUCCAAAUGUCCCAAGGCACUGUGACUAUGAUGAAGAGAAUAAGGCUUACAAUGAUUGUAGUCCACUACUGGGGGAAGCCUUCCAGCUCUGCCAUGAGACCAUCCACCCAAACAUCUAUCUCAGUAGUUGUGUGUAUGACUAUUGUGCCACAAAUGGUGACCAACAAACCUUAUGUGAAUCCCUGAAGUCCUAUGCAGCAGCAUGCCAGGUUGCAGGAGUGGAGUUGCCCCCAUGGCAGGCAGAUACAGCUUGUGACCUGACUAAACCAACAACCCCUGCUCCAGCAAACAACUCAACCACUACAGCUAAACCACAACCACCAACAACUACAGCUAGACCAAAACCAACAACUUCAACGCAGCCCCAACCUCCAACCACUACAGCUAAACCCCAACCUCCAACCACCACAACUACGCCACAACCACCUAUAGUGUGUAAUUUUAGCUGUAGCUUUGACAAUGAUCUUUGUAGCUGGAAUCAGAUGAUCACUGAUGCAUUUGACUGGACAUGGCACAGUGGUUCCACACCUACCCCGAUGACUGGACCCUCUGCUGACCACACUGGCGGUGGACACUACCUGUACAUAGAGGCCAGCAGUGUAACACAUGGAGAUACAGCACGUCUCAUCAGCUCCGAGUGUUUGAACACUGGUCCUCAGUGUCUGCAGUUCUGGUACCAUAUGUACGGCUCAGCGGACACAAUGGGCCUCCACGUUUACCAGGUCCAGAACAGAAUAUCUAGUUCCAUUUGGAGGAAAAGAAAUGAUCAGGGAAAUGCUUGGCACCUUGCCCAGGUGGACUUAACUCCAAGUGGAGCUUUCCAGAUAUUUUUUGAAGGAAGGAGAGGUUCCAAUGAUCAGUCUGAUGUGGCCAUCGAUGAUAUAUCACUUCAUCAUGGACACUGUGGAGACCUGACUAAACCAACAACCCCUGCCCCAGAGUUUCCUCCAGCAAACAGCUCAACCACUACAGCUAGACCACAACCUCCAACAACUACAGCGAGGCCCAAACCUCCAACCACAGACAGGCCCCAACCUCCAACCACUACAACUAAGCCCCAACCUCCAACCACUACAGCUAGGCCCCAACCUCCAACCCACACAACUAGGCCCCAACAACCUAUAGUGUGUAAUUUUAGCUGUAGCUUUGACAAUGAUCUUUGUAGCUGGAAUCAGAUGAUCACUGAUGCAUUUGACUGGACAUGGCACAGUGGUUCCACACCUACCCCGAUGACUGGACCCUCUGCUGACCACACUGGCGGUGGACACUACCUGUACAUAGAGGCCAGCAGUGUAACACAUGGAGAUACAGCACGUCUCAUCAGCUCCGAGUGUUUGAACACUGGUCCUCAGUGUCUGCAGUUCUGGUACCAUAUGUAUGGGUCAGCGGACACAAUGGGCCUCCACGUUUACCAGGUCCAGAACAGAAUAUCUAGUUCCAUUUGGAGGAAAAGAAAUGAUCAGGGAAAUGCUUGGCACCUGGCCCAGGUGGACUUAACUCCAAGUGGAGCUUUCCAGAUAUUUUUUGAAGGAAGGAGAGGUUCCAAUGAUCAGUCUGAUGUGGCCAUCGAUGAUAUAUCACUUCAUCAUGGACACUGUGGAGACCUGACUAAACCAACAACCCCUGCCCCAGAGUUUCCUCCAGCAAACAGCUCAACCACUACAGCUAGACCACAACCUCCAACAACUACAGCGAGGCCCAAACCUCCAACCACAGACAGGCCCCAACCUCCAACCACUACAACUAAGCCCCAACCUCCAACCACUACAGCUAGGCCCCAACCUCCAACCCACACAACUAGGCCCCAACAACCCAUAGUCUGUAAUUUUGGCUGUAGCUUUGACAAUGAUCUUUGUAGCUGGAAUCAGAUGAUCACUGAUGCAUUUGACUGGACCCGGCACAGUGGUUCCACACCUACCCCGAUGACUGGACCCUCUGCUGAUCACACUGGCGGUGGUCACUACCUGUACAUAGAGGCCAGCAGUGUAACACAUGGAGAUACAGCACGUCUCAUCAGCUCUGAGUGUUUAAACAUUGGUCCUCAGUGUCUGCAGUUCUGGUAUCAUAUGUAUGGCUCAGCGGACACAAUGGGCCUCCACGUUUACCAGGUGCAGAACAGUAUAUCUAAUUCCAUUUGGUGGAAAAGAAAUGAUCAGGGAAAUUCUUGGCACCUGGCCCAGGUGGACUUAACUUCAAGUGGAGCCUUCCAGAUAUUUUUUGAAGGAAGGAGAGGUUCCAAUGAUCAGUCUGAUGUGGCCAUAGAUGAUAUAUCACUUUAUCAUGGACACUGUGAAGACCUGACUAGACCAACAACCCCUGCUCCAGCAAACAGCUCAACCACUACAGUUAGACCACAACCACCAACAACUACAGCUAGAUCAAAACCACCAACUUCAACACAGCCACAAACUCCAAGCAUGGCUCCAACUGAGUCGCAAUCAACAAGCUUAACACAAUCAUCAACCACUACAACUGAGCCCCAACCUCCAACAUCUACAGCUAGACCCCAACCAUCAACCACUACAGCAAGACCUCCAACCACCACAACUAGACCAAACCCACCAACCACAACACUGCCACAAACAUCAACCACAAUUCAUUCUGAGUCACAAACAAGCACACAACAACCUUCAACCACUUCAUCUAGGCCCCAACCUCCAACCACAGAUAGACCACAACCCUCAACUACAUCAGCUAGGCCCCUACCUGUAACCACUACAGCUAGACCACAACCUACAAUCACUACAGUUCGACCAAAUCCAGCAACCUCAACACAGCCCCAAACACCAAGCAUAGCUCCAUCUGAGUCACAAGCAACAAGCAUAACACAAUCUCCAACCACUACAGCUGGCCCACAACCUCCAACUACUACAUUUAGACCACGACCCACAACUACUACAGCUAGACCUUACCCAACAACCCCAACACUGCCACCAAUAUCAACUACAGUUCCAUCUGAGUCUCAAAAAACAAGCAUACUACAAUCAUCAACCCCUACAAGUAGGCCCCAACCUCCAACCACUGAUAGACCACAACCCCCAACAUCAACAGGUAGGCCCCAACCAUCAACCACUACGGCAAGGCCCCAACCUCCAACCACAACACUGCCACAAACAUCAACUAUAAUUCCAUCUGAGUCACAAACAACAAUCAUACCUGAACCUUCAACCACUUCAUCUAGGCCCCAACCUCAGACCACAGAUAUAACACAAACCUCAACAACAUCAGGUAGGCCCCUACCUGUAACCACUACAGCUAGACCACAACCUCCAAUCACUACGGUUAGACCAAAUCCAGCAACCUCAACACAGCCACAAACACCAAGCAUAGCUCCAUCUGAGUCACAAGCAACAAGCAUAACACAAUCUCCAACCACUACAGCUGGUCCACAACCUCCAACUACUACAUUUAGACCACGACCCACAACUACUACAGCUAGACCUUACCCAACAACCCCAACACUGCCACCAAUAUCAACUACAGUUCCAUCUGAGUCUCAAAAAACAAGCAUACUACAAUCAUCAACCCCUACAAGUAGGCCCCAACCUCCAACCACUGAUAGACCACAACCCCCAACAUCAACAGGUAGGCCCCAACCAUCAACCACUACGGCAAGGCCCCAACCUCCAACCACAACACUGCCACAAACAUCAACUAUAAUUCCAUCUGAGUCACAAACAACAAUCAUACCUGAACCUUCAACCACUUCAUCUAGGCCCCAACCUCAGACCACAGAUAUAACACAAACCUCAACAACAUCAGAUAGGCCCCUACCUGUAACCACUACAGCUAGACCACAACCUCCAAUCACUACGGUUAGACCAAAUCCAGCAACCUCAACACAGCCACAAACACCAAGCAUAGCUCCAUCUGAGUCACAAGCAACAAGCAUAACACAAUCUCCAACCACUACAGCUGGCCCACAACCUCCAACUACUACAUUUAGACCACGACCCACAACUACUACAGCUAGACCUUACCCAACAACCCCAACACUGCCACAAAUAUCAACCGUAGCUCCAUCUGAGUCUCAAACAACAAGCAUACUACAAUCAUCAACCCCUACAAGUAGGCCCCAACCUCCAACCACUGAUAGACCACAACCCCCAACAUCAACAGGUAGGCCCCAACCAUCAACCACUACGGCAAGGCCCCAACCUCCAACCACAACACCGCCACAAACAUCAAAUACAAUUCCAUCUGAGUCACAAACAACAAUCAUACCUGAACCUUCAACCACUUCAUCUAGGCCCCAACCUCAGACCACAGAUAUAACACAAACCUCAACAACAUCAGAUAGGCCCCUACCUGUAACCACUACAGCUAGACCACAACCUCCAAUCACUACGGUUAGACCAAAUCCAGCAACCUCAACACAGCCACAAACACCAAGCAUAGCUCCAUCUGAGUCACAAGCAACAAGCAUAACACAAUCUCCAACCACUACAGCUGCCCCACAACCUCCAACUACUACAUUUAGACCACAACCCACAACCACUACAGCUAGACCUUACCCAACAACCCCAACACUGCCACAAAUAUCAACCGUAGCUCCAUCUGAGUCACAAACAAUAAGCAUACCACAACCUGCAACCACUUCAUCUUGGCCCCAACCUCAGACAACAGAUAUAACACACAACUCAACUACAUCAGCUAGGCCCCUACCUGUAACCACUACAGCUAGACCACAACCUACAAUCACUACAGUUAGACCAAAUCCAGCAACAACUACAGCAAGGCCCCAACCUCAAACCACAACACUGCCACAAACAUCAACCACAGCUCCAUCUGAGUCACAAACAACAAGCAUACCACCACCUUCAACCACUUCAUGUAGGCCCCAACCUCCAACCACAGAUAGACCACAACCCUCAACUACAUCAGUGUGGCCCCUACCUGUAACCACUACAGCUAGACCACAACCUCCAAUCACUACAGUUAGACCAAAUCCAGCAACCUCAACACAGCCACAAACACAGAGCAUAGCUCCAUCUGAAUCACAAGCAACAAGCAUAACACAAUUUCCAACCACUACAGUUGGCCCACAACCACCAACUACUACAUUUAGACCACGACCCACAAUCACUACAGCUAGACCUAACCCACCAACCACAACACUGCCACCAACAUCAACCAAAGCUCCAUCUGAGUCACAAACAAUAAGCAUACCACAACCUUCAACCACUUCAUCUUGGCCCCAACCUCAGAACACAGAUAUAACACACACUACAGUUGGGCCAAAUCCAGCAACAACUACAGCAAGGCCCCAACCUCCAACCACUACUGCAAGGCCCCAACCUCCAACCACUACAGCUAGACCACCUCCUCCAACCACUACAGCUAAACCACAACCCCCAACCACUACAGCCAGACCAACACCCUUUUGCCCAGAGAACAGUCAUUACACCUCUUGUAUCCCAGCCUGCAGUCCAACCUGUUCAAACCUAAAUGGGCCCCCACACUGCAAUAACAGUAAUAGCUGUGAGCCAGGAUGUGUCUGCAAUGAUGGGUUUGUUCGGAAAUUGUGGCGUUGUGUGCCUAUUGAGGAGUGUGGCUGUGUGGACAGUAAUGGCAACAAACAUCAGUUCAAUGAAAUUUGGUACGCUGAUCACUGCAGUCAGAAAUGUGAAUGUGAAAAAGACGAUGGCCUGGGGGAGAUUGACUGUGAUGAUGAUGAGGAAUGCGAUAAAAAUGCUGUCUGCCUUCAAAAUGACAAGGGCGAAUACUACUGCAAGUCUACAGACUUCAGUGGGUGUACCAUAGAGCCAGACCCUGAGUACAGAACCUUUGAUAAAAUUAGGCACGACUUUAAGGGCAAGCAUUCAUACGUUCUGGUCCGGACCAACAAUUUGCCAAAUAACCUUCCAGAUGUCUACAUUGUAAGCAUCAAUACACACAGAGAAGACAAUGAUGAUGGCGAUGAUGAUGACGACCAGCACGAUGAUGACAGUAGCAGUGAAGAAAACCACAGUCGCAGAGUGAGGGAUGAAGAUGAAGAUGAUGAUGAUGACGACAGUGAAGAGAGUGAUGGACGUUACAGAUUAAAAGAGCUCAAGAUUGUUGUGUACAAUCACACUGUGGAAUUAAAGAAGAAUAGUAAAUUGGUUGUGGACGGAAAGAGAACUAAAAUGCCUGUAUCACCUACAGCUGGUCUAAACAUCCGACAGCAUUCCUCUCAAAUCUACCUAAAGACUGACUUUGGCCUCUCAGUGGAAUUUGAUGGACGCAACACAGCAGAGAUCACUCUACCACACAUAUAUAGAAGUAAAGUUGGAGGUCUGUGUGGUAACUUUGAUGGUCAGAAGUGGAAUGAAAAAAUGAAGCCAGAUGGCACCAGGGCGAAGACCGUUCAAGAGUUUGGAGAGAGUUGGAGAGUGUAAACAACAGGUUUAAAAAGGUUUAAAAUUAUUGUUUAGAUUGCAAAAUCUCCAUAUUGAGUCAGGAAUAGACAAAUUCCCCUUCUUUUAACAAUAAACCUGAGCAUCCCAAGAUGACUUGACAUAAACACCAGUGGCACUGAUGUCCAAUUUUCUUUGCCCCCAGCUUUUUCGGAAAAACUAUACCAUAACCAGAUUUCGACUGCAUUUUUCAAGAAGAAUCUGAUGUCAAGACUACAUCUGAAUAAUUUUAAUUUAAAAACCGUUGUUACCUUGCAAACUGUGUCAGAUCAGAUGUUACUGUUUUUUUUUGUCACUGUCAAGCAUACUAUUUAUUCAAAAGAGAUGACCUUACACCUAUGCAUAUUCUUUAUCUUACACAGGUACAAGACAGUGUUUAAUGAGAAUGCAUGUGUACACAAUGUGGAUUGGUUAUAAUUACCUGAAAAAGUCAAAAAACGGUUGGAAAGUGCAAUAAAUGAUUACAAAGAA